AUGGGCCUCGGCGGAGUCGACAAGGGUGGCAGUCCCACGUGGAUAAUCGACUGGACCAUCUUUUACUGGGGCUGGUGGAUCUCCUGGGGACCUUUCGUCGGCACUUUUAUUGCGAGGAUCUCCAAGGGCAGGACUCUUCGUGUGUUCAUUAUGUCCACGCUCAUCGUGCCCACCCUCUAUAGCAUCGUCUGGUUCUGCGUGUGGGGCACCGAGGGCAUCCGCAUGCAGCGCAUGGCAGACACGAGCGGCCUCUGCAAUCAAUCCGACGCGGGCAACGGGGACUGGGCUGCACAGUACAAUCUGGAGACGAAGACGAACUUGAGCAUGGGCUGGACCCCCGCAUGCGUGCUGGACGACGCCUACCACGGCGGCUAUGGCAGGUGCAAGAGGGUGAAGUUCACCAGCUAUGUGGACCCGUCUAUCGACGGCAACGGCAAGACGUGCGUCAAGACCACCAAUUGGGUAACCGUUCCUUGCGGCGGCGCUGACGAUCCCACCUUUGUCAAUACAACGUACGGUGUUCUCAUUGGCACUGAGUGCGCAAACUACAUGAGCGAGAUAGAAGAAUUAGCCGCUGAGAACUAUUCAAGGCGAUUCGCGUUCACCGACGGCACCGUGUGCUUGUCCAACAGGGCCACGGCGGACAUUCUCUUCGAUCAGAUCUCCAGCUACGCCCCGCGGGGCUACUCCGACAUGUUGUGCACGCUUACGCUCAUCAUUUUGACAUUCUACUUCGUAACCUCGUCGGAUUCCGGCUCUUUCGUGGUGGAUAUGUUGGCCUCCAACGGUCACCCAGACCCGCCGAUGUUCCAGCGGGUCUUUUGGUCCUUCACGGAAGGCGCGACGGCCAUCGCUCUGUUGUAUUCGGGCAUCAACCACCCGAACGCAGACGCCUCGCUUCGUGCCCUGCAGGCUGCGUCCAUCAUCGCAGGCCUGCCCUACACGUUUGUCAUGUUCUGGGCCACGCAGUCGCUCGUCAUUCUGGUCCGGGAGGAGAGCGGAGCGCUCGACCCCAACCGGAAGGCUUUCACGACGUUCAUCUUCAACAUGGAGUACAGCGUGAACCAUCUCAAGCACACGGCCGUACCUGGCGUGCAAAUGGCCAAAACCGUAGUCGAGGUCGGCAAGUGGCCUUUCAGCGGCGCUGGCGACGGCCCCACUUUUGUGAUCUGGUGUGUCUUCUUCUCCGUGCUUUACUACGCCAGCAUUAUCAUCACCAUCUGCGCCGUGGCCAUGUACCAAUGGGCGCUCAUCGGUUGCGCACUGUACAUCGGAUUCGGCACCUUUGUGGGCCUGCUCCGUAAUCAUGUGCGCGUGACUCGGUUUAUCAAGAACGGCGACCUUCCCACUGAUUUGAUGUGCGGCCUCUUAGCGCCCAUGUUCACCCUAACCCAGAUCGAGGUUGAGUUGCAGGAUGGACCCCUCGAGAAGAAGGACGACGACCCCGCUGAUGAUAACAAGCGGGUCUGACCCUCAUGGCGGACGAGACGGCGCCGGCCCGUUCGUGCGCACAUCUGGAAUGAUUUGAAACCAACGAAUGCACUAAUAUUCUCAACGAUGAUGAUGAUGCUUCUGUACAGGUCAAAACCUCGGUCUUUCGAUGGUUUCGAAGAUGCCUACGGCGAGCCACCGCCGCUUGUUGCCGUUUGGAAAUUCCAUGCGGCCAAACGUUGGGCCGACGUCUGGCCAGAUAACUCCAACUCAUGUCUCGAGGCACGGUGGCGGAUGUCUGCCAUACUGACUGGGGACUCCCUCUCGCGGAUUGAAAAUGUUGGGCACGCAGGCCAGGCUGAAUUUAUUGCGUCCCGCCCCCGAGCGGACGCAGUUGGACAAGGAGCUGCAGCAAGUCGGUUUCUCGUUCUCCCAUCGCCGUACUCGCAAUAGGCUUGAGGUUGCAGCAUGUUGCGGGUUACGACAAUGAUCGUCACGUGCGCGGCAUACUCAUACCAGUCUGCGACUGCUAUUUUAAUGUUGCCAGAGAGGUCCGUUCGCGCUAACUCCUUCGUAAUGAAGUCUGAGCGCAAGUUGAGGCACAAGUAGAGUACAGAU